UCUCGAUCGAAAUUAUCACGUAAUUCGUUCCAAUUCCAAAUCCGAAAACAGAGAUUGAAAAUAACAAUUUAAACAAGCUAGGGGAUAAUCAAGGAUUGAGAUUGGGGAGAAAUGGAUCAGAUGUUGAACAAGGUGGGCCAUAAGGCGGAGAAGCAACUCAGUUCCGUCGGCGACGAAAUCGAACAAAUCUCAAACAUUAUCGGAGGAGGAACCAAAUGGUUGGUUAAUAAAAUCAAAGGGACAAUACAAAAGCCAUUGCCGGAGCUAUUAAAAGAGUAUGACCUGCCAACAGAUAUCUUCUCUCGUGAUGCCACCAACUACGAAAAGCUUAUGGUUUUCAUCCCAGCAAUAUGUGAUGUAUCUGCUAUCACAUCUGAUGGAUCAAAGCUGUAUGUCACGGCUGGAAUAACCAAAACCAGGUGUAGUGAUGCGUACGAGAUUUCUAGGGAUGGUGUAGGUGUUGAUAAGUUCUAG